UUCCCCGCCCGCCGCCUCCGCCAUGGGCGCCGCGGGGCCGCUCUGCGCCCUCCUCCUGCUGCUGGGCACCGGCACCGGCAUCGGCACCGGCAUCGGCACCGGCACCGGCACCGGGCCAGCCCCACCGCGCCUGGUACUCGCCCUCCUGGCCCGGAACGCGCAGCACUCGCUGCCGCACUGCCUGGGAGCCCUGGAGCGCUUGGACUAUCCCGCGGGCAGCAUCGCCCUGUGGUGUGCAACAGACCACAACUCGGACAACACGACAGCAAUGCUGCAGGAGUGGCUGGGGGCGGUGGGGAAGGACUAUCACUCAGUGACCUGGAAGGUGCAAGAGGAGCCCAGCUCCUACCCCGAUGAGCUUGGUCCCAAGCACUGGAGUGACAAACGCUAUGAGAACGUGAUGAAGUUGAAGCAGGAAGCUCUCACCUAUGCCCGGGAGCAGCAGGCAGACUACAUCCUGUUCAUGGACACUGACAGUGUCCUGACCAACAACCAGACCCUCAAGUUUCUCAUGGCACAGAACAAGUCAGUGGUGGCCCCCAUGCUGGACUCACAGACCUUCUACUCCAACUUCUGGUGUGGCAUCACACCCCAGGGAUAUUAUCGCCGGACAGCUGACUACUUCCCCACCAAGAACCGGCAGCGGGUGGGCUGCUUCCGUGUCCCCAUGGUCUAUGCCACCUUCCUGAUUGACCUGCGGAAGGAGGAGACCUUGCAAUUGGCUUUUUACCCGCCCCAUCCCAACUACACCUGGGCCUUUGAUGACAUCAUUGUCUUUGCCUACUCCUGCCAGGAGGCUGGUGCUGAGGUCCAUGUGUGCAACCAGCACCACUUUGGUUACAUCAAUGUUCCUGUGAAGGCCCACCAGACACUGGAGGAUGAUCGUGCCAACUUUGUGCAUCUCACACUGGAGGCCAUGGUGGAUGGUCCCCCCAUGCAGCGCUCCAGGCACAUUUCUCUCCUGCCCAGGCCACUCACAAAAAUGGGCUUUGAUGAAAUCUUCCUAAUCAACCUGGUGCGGAGGCCAGAUCGGCGGCAGCGAAUGUUGGCAUCCCUGCAGGAGCUGGAGAUCGUUCCACGGGUGGUGGAUGCUGUGGAUGGCAGCACCCUCAAUAGCAGUGACAUCAAGGUGCUGGGUGUGGACCUGCUACCUGGGUACUACGAUCCCUUCUCCGGCCGCACACUCACCAAGGGUGAGGUUGGCUGCUUCCUCAGCCACUACAAUAUCUGGAAGGAGAUUGUGUCCCGGAGGUUGGAGCGGUCCGUGGUCUUUGAGGACGAUGUGCGCUUCGAGGCUGCCUUCCCAGCACGGCUGCAGCGGCUGAUGGAGGAGCUGGAGCGGGCACAGCAGGACUGGGACCUCAUCUACCUGGGGAGGAAACAGGUGAACGAUGAGGAUGAGGCACCUGUGAAAGGUGUGCGGAAUCUGGUGGUGGCUGGGUACUCGUACUGGACUCUGGCCUACGCCAUCUCCCACCAUGGGGCACAGAAGCUGUUGGCCACCAAACCUCUCUCCAAAAUGCUGCCGGUGGACGAGUAUCUGCCCAUCAUGUAUGACAAGCACCCCAACGAGGAUUACAAGCGGCACUUUUCCCCACGGGACUUGCUGGUAUUUUCGGCUCACCCCCUCCUGGUUUAUCCCACGCACUAUGCUGGGGACAGCAACUGGCUGAGUGACACUGAGACUUCCACUAUCUGGGAUAAUGAUGCCAAGAAGACUGACUGGGUUGGCUCGCAGAAGACUCUGAGGGACUCACGGGGCAGUGCUGGCCACCUCCGCUCCACGGCCCGUGACGAGCUCUGAUGGGAUGAGGGAUUGUGAUCCAGCUGGGAGCACCGUGGGCAAGGACCUUAUACUUCCCACUCCCACUCAAAGAUGCAGCUGUCCUGGACCGAGCCCCACAGGAUUCUUUGAAUCUGCAUGUGACAAAUCCACCCAAGGCAGGAUUUGCCCCAGGAAAGCCUUUCCCUGCCAAGUGGAGAGACCAGAGGAGCACUGUGCUCCAUCUCUGCUGAGGACAGAUUUCCAGGACAGUCUCAAACAAUGCCAACUCUGCUGUCUCCCACCAGCCUGGACUUUGGGGAGUGGACUUUGGGCUGACACCCGUGGUAGCCUCCUGCCACUGACCGGGCUUGUCCCUCAUGCCAUGCCUGGGUGGAAGCCCAGGGAGGAUUAAAGCAGACUGUCUGAGCUGA